AAUAGACAAUGAUCAGAUCUCGUGCCUACCACAAUUAGAAGUAAUCCUGUUGCUUUACUCUUGCACAGCAGCAGCUCAAAGUCGGUGGUUCGAACAUUCAAUAAGCGACGUUUGCAACCUAUUGCCGACUAUAGACUCUUGCGAUAGUUUCAAAGCUAUGCUACGACUUCUAGAACGACAGAGAGACUUCUGGUACCUACCAGGCCUCAUAAGAACCACUGCAAACGCUCAGAACAAGGGCAAAGAGCGAGGCCCUUGCGGCCUAAGAGCGAGACGACUAGUAUAGUGCUGAGUCAGCAUGCCUGCACAUGAGAUCCAGCCACGUGCUCACAGGAAGAAGAAGAAGCUCACCUUCACUGCACUUGAGAUGCUUGAGAAUGGAAACUAAUAGCCUAAAUAGGUUCUGUUUACCUGGCCUCGGAAAGAGAUGUUCCCCUCUCCGCAAUAGAGUGUUUUCGUUUGAUUCUGAUCCCAUGCGUACGCCUCAGUAUAAGAAAAUACGAGCAUGCAGGCCGGAAAAAUAUCGCCCCUGGAGCAAGCGAAGCAUGGAACGAGCUCUCGAUGCGGUUAUUCACAAAGGGGUUGCUGUCUCCAGAGCUGCCGCUGACUAUGGUAUACCAAAGACAACUCUAUAUGACAAUGCCACAGGAAGAGUUUUGCCAGGGAGCAGGAGUGGACCAAGGACAUAUUUCACGGUCGAAGAAGAGGCUCUGUUAGUGUGUUUCCUCAUCAAGUCAGCCGAAAUUGGGUAUCCUUUCACCAGAUUACAGGUUUUGUCUCUAGUUGAAACAAUGUUGAUCCGAAAAAACAAAGAAAAGACUGAUGCCUCUUCUGUUACGCAUGGUUGGUGGGCUAGAUUUUGUAAGCGACAUCCUGAAGUCUCUUUAAAGACAUCCUCUUGUCUGUCAGUGGCUAGAGUCAAGGCAUCUUCCGCUGAGACACUCUCCGAAUAUUUUUGUACUCUUAGAGAAACUCUAGAAGAGUCGAAGCUGACUGAUCAACCUGGGCUGAUAUACAAUAUGGAUGAGAGCGGCUUCCCCCUCGAGCCAAAACCACCGAAGACUGUUCAUCGAAAAAGCGAUAAGCAGCCUUACCACGUCACCAAGGGUACGAAGAGUCAAGUUACUGUAGUGGCAUGCGUGAGUGCUUCCGGCCAGUACGUACCUCCCAUGAUAAUCUGGGCAAGGAAGAAAAUGAACCCAGAGCUUGCUGUUGGAGAGAUACCUGGCACCAUUUAUGCUCUUUCUGAUAAGGGAUGGAUGACUGCAACAAUUUUUGAUAAGUGGUUCAAGCGACACUUCUUAAGGUAUGCGUCUGCUGUUCGACCCAUUAUUCUGCUGAUGGAUGGGCACUCCUCUCAUUACAGUCCUGUAACCAUUCAACUUGCUGCAGAAGAAUGUGUCAUUUUGUUCGCACUCCCUCCAAAUACUACCCACCUCACUCAGCCCUUAGACAAGGGUGUCUUUGGCCCCUUUAAGGUACAUUGGAGACAGGUUUGCCAUGAUUAUAGAGUGAAGAAUCCAGGCAGAGUGGUGAACAUCUACAGUUUUUGCAGCCUGCUGAGUAAAGCAUGGGUGGAGUCCAUGACGGCCAUCAACAUCAUUAAUGGAUUCAAAACUACAGGAAUUUAUCCACUAAAUGAAAAUGCUGUGAUUAGGAAACUUCCUGGAAAAGCCACUUUUUCGAAUGAGCCUAACAUGUGUACUGCCUUCACCCCUCUGAAACGGCAACCAUAUCGUCUGACUCCUGUCGGUACGGAUGAUGAAAAACGCCCAGGCAUUGAUUCUCCUCCCCGAGAUAACUCACUUGAACAGCGAUCUACGAUACAUGACAUACUUACCAUACAGACACCAACUUUCAAAGUGAAGCCUAUCAUUAUAAAGCCUGAUCCAGCCAAGCUCGUACUUACAGGGAAUAAAUCCGUUCAAGAUGCUAUACAAAAACAGAAAGAAAAGACUGAAAAAGAGUUAAAAAAGAAAGAAAGAGAACAAAAAAAAUUUGAUAAGAUCGUAACUAAACGAUGUCAGGAUAUACAGAAGCUGGAUUCUAAAGCAACUCCAAAACCCAUGUUGUCAUCAACUAUGUUUUCGCCUGGGGGGGAAUUCGAAAACUCACUUCGACAAUGUCAUAACAUCUCUCCCAUUGACCGAUCCGACACCAUGUGGGAUGGUACUAUAUAUAUAUAUAAUUGUAGGAUAUCCAUCUCUCCCAUUUCCAUGAAUAUUGCAGAGUUUUAUUCCAACAACCUCAUGGCCAUGCUCCUAUACCCUUGUGCACACGGGUAUGGUUUCACACUUAUAAUAGAAUCCCAUCAUCUGUCUGCCUAUCCUUUGAAGGUGUAUAUACAAUGUCAUGGUUAUGGGCUAAUCGAUAUACUGUAGUCAUAGCUCUUCUGUUUGAUUUGCUGGUGAUGGUACUAUACAGUAUAAGAAACAUUAUUACGACAUUGUGAUGUUUUCCUAUAGUAGUUAGGGAUUUUUGGUAAUAUCCAACAUUUUCUAUAAUACAUGUAUACAGGGACAACUCUGUUCACAAUUAUCUGACCAUGCAGUACAUAACACUAUAAUAUACAGCUUUUUUAUAGAUCUAUAGCUAUAUACUCAGUCUCUGGCUAUACUGCUGUAUCAAUCUGUGCACUGUGUCCUUGUGUCUGUUGGUCUGGAAUUAAAAGGUAUAUACAGUAAUAGGUAAGUAUAUAUGUAUUAGUUAAUGUACAGUGUAGAGGGGUUUAUGACAGUAAACCUCCCGACUACAAGGGCGUAAGCCCGAGGGGGAGGUGUGAUUUACUGUCAUAAACCCCGAGGCACUGUGCAUUAAUUGAUAUAUGUCCCAUCUGAUUGGCUGACUGGUUGCUAUGCAUCCAGCCUAUAUAAGCUUGCAUGACUACCACAUAGCAACACUAUUCAAACAAGAAGAAAACUAGGAAAAGAGAGCUCGUCCACACCAGGGCUCCUGUCCACACUCAAAUCUUGCGCAGCCUGGACAAAAUAUGAGCAGCCAGCCCCUCCCUCCAAGCGAAUGGUACAGAGCCACUCCCCCUGACCAGCUCUCUUAUGCCAGGCUAGUAGGCAAGCAAAGGCCCAGUGCAGUGCGUGCAGUCAGUCAGUACUAGGCAUGCUAGUGAGCAAAAAGCUCAGCCUGAGCCCAAGCCCUCUCCCAGAGUGUCUCUAAAGCAGCUCCUCACACAGCAGAAUUUUUGAUGAACUAGUCCACAGACUACACCCUCUGUCUCUAUGUUUUCAUUUUGAUUUUGUUUCUCAUGCAAGACAUUGCAUUCAUCUUCAUUCAUCGAAAAAACAGAAUGAAAAACAUUUUUGCUGCA